UCUCACACAGAAAGAAAAAUGGCAUCCUCUGCUUCUUCGUCUUCGUCUUCCUCUCUCCUUCUCGCUUCUACCUUUCUUAUCCUCUUCACCCUAGUUAAAUCUACUUACCCCGGCCUCAACAUAACUCUCGUCAACAACUGCCCUUACACCGUCUGGCCCGCCAUCCAACCCAACGCCGGUGACCCAGUUCUCGAGAAAGGCGGGUUCGCACUCCACAGCCUCACCCACCACUCCUUCGCCGCACCGAGCCAGCAUUGGUCCGGCCGGUUCUGGGGUCGAACCGGCUGUAGAUACGCCAACGGGCUGUUCUCUUGCGUCACCGGAGACUGCGGCCACCGCCUCGAGUGCAACGGGUUGGGUGGUGCAACUCCGGCAACCCUGGUCGAGUUCAGCCUCCACCACGGCCACAACGACUUUUCCUCCUACCGGGUCUCCGUCGUUGACGGGUUCAAUCUUCCGUUGACGGUGACGCCGCACGAGGGGAAAGGACUGUGCCCGGUAGUGGGUUGCCGAGCUAACUUGCUGGAAACCUGCCCGGAAAAGCUACAGUUACGGUAUGGUCACGGACCGGUGGUGGCGUGCAAGAGCGGGUGCGAGGCGUUUAAGACUGACGAGCUCUGUUGCCGGAAUCACUAUAACAGUCCGCAGACUUGCCGGGCUUCAAGCUUCUCGGAGUUUUUCAAGCACGCUUGCCCGUCGACUUUCACGUACGCGCAUGACAGCUCGUCACUCUUGCACGAGUGCUCGUCGCCACGUGAGCUCAAGAUUAUAUUCUGUCACUAGUAGAAUAAUAAAAAAAAAAAAAAAAAAGAAUCUUUUGGGUUUUAAAUGAAUGUCUGUUUGGUUUUCCUGCCUGCCCCUUCUGUUACGAAUUAAUUAGAACGUUGGAAAUGGAGGAAGGUGACAAAACGGUGUAGUUUUUGGAAUUUCUAGUGCUUUAUUAAGUGGUUUGCGUUGUGAUUACUAGUGAUGUGUUCUUGUCGAGUCCCAA